AUGAACCAAUCAGACGCGUCGCAAGGGCCGCCAGACGGCGUGCAAAUCGUCAGUGAGGGCACGCUGACGUACGACGGCCGCUACAGACGCUACAGCAUCUCCGGAAUCAACUUCGAGGUCCCCGUGCGCUACGUCCCGCUCUUCCCCCUUGGCCGAGGAGCCUAUGGUGUUGUUUGCUCUGCACGAGACGAGACGACCGGGGAGGAGGUGGCGAUCAAGAAGAUCGGCAACGCGUUUAACGACCGCACAGAUGCCAAGCGGACUCUCCGCGAGAUUCUAAUCCUCCGCAACAUGAACCACCCCAAUGUGAUCGCCAUCAAGGACGUCAUCCGCCCUCCUCACCCUCAGAGCUUCCAGGACGUGUAUAUCGUGUACGAGCUCAUGCCUGAGGACCUGCACGGGGUCAUUCGGUCCGGGCAGGACAUGGAUGAACGGCACUACACGGUGUGUGUGUGGGAGGCAGUUCAAGGUUUGUGUGUGGCAGUGCAAGGUGUCUGUGUGGCAGUGCAACGUGUGUGUGUGGCAGUGUGUGCCUCCUUCCCCUCCUCUCCCCAGCUCAUCCUCUUCCAGCUGCUUCGAGGCACUAAGUACAUCCACUCCGCCAACAUCCCUCUUCUCCUUCCCCUGCUUUGCUCAUGUAUGGCUCUUCACCCUGUCUCUCCCCUGGCUCCCCCCUCCCCUGUCUCCCCCCAGCUCAUCCUGUUCCCGCUGCUCAGAGGCGCCAAUAACAUCCACUCAGCCAACAUCCCUCCUUCCCUUACACUUCCGCAUCCUCGCAUCCUUUUCCAGUUACUGAAGGGAGUCAAGUACAUCCACUCAGCCAACAUCCUGCACCGUGACUUAAAGCCCCCCAACAUUCUCAUUGACGGGCGCUGCAACAUCAAGAUCACCGAUUUCGGCCUCGCGCGAACCCGUGUGGAAACCACCGACCACCUGACGAAAUAUGUGGUUACCAGAUACUACCGCGCUCCUGAGCUGCUGGUGAACAACCAGCAGUACAGCAUGUCCAUUGAUGUGUGGUCGGUUGCGCUCAUUUAUUUGGAGCUCGUGCUGGGGCACAUUGUGCUGAAAGGGGAUAACUACGUGGACCAGCUCCGCAAGACUUGUGAGCUCAUCGGAUCCCCCUCUGCCGAAGACGCCUCCUUCGUAGUCAACGAGGCCGCUCGUACCUUCCUGCUCUCAGAGCUGCAGGGCUUUCCGGCCAGGAGCAUCAGGGACGUGUUCCCCAAGCUGUCAAAACCCGCGGCUGACUUGGUUCAGCGCAUGCUCGUGUUCGACCCGAGAAAGAGAAUCACAGUGGACGAGGCAUUGGCCCACCCGUACCUGGCGCACUACCACAAGGCCAACCAGGACCCGCCGCACCCAAACCCCUUCCAGUACGACCUGAGCUUCGAGCAGGAGGAGUAUGACAUCCCCCGCAUCCGCCAGCUCAUCUUCGAGCAGGCCUGCGCCUUCAACCCCCAAUAA